AUGAGUGAUCAACAUCAUCAUUAUAUUACAAAUCUCUUCAACGUAAAUCUACUUAAUAAUAAUUCAAUAAAUAUUUUGGAUGAUGAAUUUAAAAAUUAUAUGGAAAUUCUUAUUGCGGAAUGUAUUGGUACAAUAUCAAAGAAUUAUUUUUUAGAAUACCAACGAUUGGCGGUUUUUGCUUUUUAUCCUUCUUUAAAUAAUAAACAAAUUCGUGAACUUGCGAUUGAGAAUAUUACAUCAGAGGAUGCACAACGUCAAAUAAAUGAAAAAAUUUAUAAAAAAUUGGAAUUAAUUUUUCAAAAUAAAACAACAAAAUGGAAUUCAAUAGCUCAAACAACAGCAAAACGAUUUGUUACUAAUUCUGUUCAAGAAGCUGUUGAAACAAUACGUAAAAAAUUAUUACAAUGUAUUGAUCAUGAAAAUCCAACACGAAAUAUUAUUGUUCAACGUUUAAUAUUGAAUAAUAAUCGAUUAAAACUUGUCUAA